AUGGAUAAAAAGACGAGUGCAGUAUGGAAACAUUUUUCGGUCAUAAGUGAUGAAAAAGCCAAGUGUUCAUACUGCACUAAUACUUUUUCUUAUAAGGGAGGUUCAACAGCCAAUCUUCUAAAACAUUUAAAAAGAAAACAUAUUGUUCAACUUGAAGCUAGAAAAAGAAAACGCGUUGAUUUCGAUCAAAAUGUAGAUGAACCAGAUGAUAUAUCUACAAAACAACAACAGGUAAUUAGUUCGGACCAACCAUCAACGUCGUCUAAUAUAUAUAUAUAUAUAUAUAAUAUAUCAAAGAAUUGUCCUACACAUACAAGUGUAUAUUCUUUUAUUAAUCGACCACUUUCUCUGUCUAAACAAAAACUUAUAGACAAGCAAUUUGGGAUAAUGGCUGCAAAAGAAUUUGAACUAUUAAGCCUCGUAGAAAAUAUUGAAUUUCAAAGAUUAAUUAAUUUAUUGAACCCUAGCUAUAAAUUACCUUCACGAAAAACUUUAUCUAAAUCAAUUUUGCCACAAUUAUACUCAAAAACUAAAGAAAAAGUUAAAACGAAUUUAAUUAAUUCGCAUUGUAUUGCAUUUACAACUAAUGGGUGGACAUCCCUUAAUAAUGACAGUUUUGUUGCAUUAACUAUUCAUUAUAUUGACAAAAAUGAAUGCACCUUAAAGUCUUUUUUACUAAGAUGUUGUUAUUUUGAAAAAUCGCAUAUGGCAAAUAAUUUAUCAAUUUUUUUAAAUAAUUGUUUUAAAGAAUGGGAAAUGACCGAAAAAGUUAAAAUUACAGUAGGUGACAACGCCGCUAAUAUUACAGCUGCCAUAAAUAUGAAUAAAAAUUGGUGUCAUAUACCUUGCUUAGCUCAUAGUAUUAAUACUAUUGCUCAAAGCGGAUUAGAUGCAAUACAAAUUGUCCAUAAAAUAUUUAAACGCAUAGCUGAACAUUUUAAUCGUAGUUCUCAGACUUUCAGUAAAUUAAAAAAUAUGCAAAAACAAAUGGGUUAUACGGAUUUAAAACUCAUUCAAGACAAAACUACGAGGUGA